CCCAUGGAUUCCUCCAUCCGGCUGAAGCUCCCAACCAUCGAAAAAGCCUCUGCUUUUCCUCUUCUUUUUGCUGGAAAAGCUAGUUUCUUUCUUUCUUGUGUGUGCACGGACACGGCAGAGAUCGAUCGAUAUACUACCUGUAGCCUGUAGGAGAGAGCUCAUUGGAAAGCUUCAAUCAUUUCGUUUCAUCUUCUUUAGCUAAGAUUCUCCUUCUCUUCUCUUUGCUUGCUUGCCGUCCGUCCAUCCAAUAUAUAGCUAGGGGAGCUCGCUAGCUCUCUCGCUGGUUCCAGUUUCCAGCUGAAGCAAAACUAGCCGGUGACCAACACGCGAUCGAUAUAUACAUGGGGAAGCAGGGCCGCGGCUGCAGCAGCAGGUAUGGGUCGGAGCGGCUGCUGUACCCUGUCCAGGUCAACGGCGGCGGCCACGGCGCCGCCGAUCACCUCGCGGACCUCGACGAGGAGGACGUCUGGUCGGUGCUCGCCGCGGCGCCUGCGCCAGACUCCGGCAACGGCAACGGCAGGCAGCCCGAGCAGGACCGUCGCGGCGGACGGUGGACCGCGGGGGGCCUGUCGAUGGCGUUCGAGGCCACCGCCGCCACGGCACACCACCAUCAUCGCCCUCACGUGGUGGCCAGCUCGGCGCCGGUGAAGGUGCCCGAGUGGCCGGCUGCCAGGUUCUCGCUGAGCGGCGGCGGCGAGCAACAGCAGCAGCAGCAGUACUACGGCGUGAGCUGCCGCGAGGACGAGGGCGAGUGGGUGGCGCCGCACGAGUACCUCCAGGCACAGAGCGGCGGCCGCGGCACGCCGGCGCCGUCGGUCUUCGAAGGCGUGGGGAGGACGCUGAAGGGGCGCGACCUCAGCCGGGUGCGCGACGCCGUCUGGAGCAGCACCGGCUUCUUCGGCUAGAGCAGCAGCACACCAUGCAUGAAGCAUCCGUCCAUUCCAUCGUCGUCGUCUCUUCUUCAUCAGUUAAUCGCUGCCCCGUUAAGCUAGCUAGCAGGGCAUGCACUCUGCUUGGAUCAUUCGUUGUUACUACAGUAUGAGAGUUCUCAAUUAGGAGCGUGGGAAGAAAAAGAUUUUAAAAAAGAUUAGCGAUUGAUUAAUUCGUAAAUCUCCUGCAGUAUGGAGCACCGGAUGUAGAUGCUGCUAGCUGCAGGGUAGAGUUUUGGGCAUGGGGAGAAGAAGCUAGGUUCAUCUCCGAACUCGUUUGUAUUGGGCUGUGUGCUAGCACCGGAUAGCUGCCGAUACCGGCCCGAUAUCGUCAGUUUGUCAUCCAUGAUCGAUCAACUUCUCCGGAAAAAAAAAUGAAAUUCCAAUUUGGUUAUUAUUAUGAGCUGAAA